UACAAGCGCCCGGUGUCAUGUCGUAGUUAGAUUGUACAGGUGUAUAUAAUAAUGUACAAUGCAACUUCUAAGUGAAAAUACAAGCACGAAAAAUGCUUCGAGUCACAAUGUUUGCACACGUACUCGACUUGUAAACAUUCGAUCGUUUCAGAGGCGAUUCAGGGAACACAAACCUCAAGCAAAAAGACAAGCUAACAAAAUAUAGCCUUCGAUUCCAGAGGUUUGUACACUCGACUUGUAGACACCCGUUUCAGCGACGAGCAAGGGAGACAUGAGCAGACUGAAGGCACUGACUAUUCUGUUCGAUAGCACUACGAACGUGUUUGCUCCUGGUGACGUCAUCAGUGGACAGGUUAUCGUACAGGUAGACUCAAACCGCGACCAGGAAGGUUUGAAGAAUGUACAAGGUAUAUGGGUGAAGUUUAACGGCAAAGCUAAGACAAGAUGGAUUACUCCCGAGAGCCAAUACGAUGAUGGAGUCAAUCACCAUCCUUCAUCACGUGAUAGUAAGGUUCCACACUCCAAGAAGGAGAUGUACUUUGAAACCGUCUCCGUCAUCUUUGGUAAAGGGAAACAUGAGCACGGUCCUAAUCAGUUGAAUGUUGAACCAGGAACUCACUCCUACCCCUUUUCAUUUCAACUCCCCGUUCGAAUCCUGCCAUCUCCAUUCGAACACAAAUAUGGGUACGUGAGGUACAAAGUGAAGGCAACACUGUCGCUCAUCAGGAAGCUAUCCAACAAAUCCUUCAAAACAGAGAAGCUGUUUAGUGUAGUCGGACCAACAGUGGACUUGAACACCAUGCCACAAGUGCAGUUGGAAGUAAAUGACACGAAGGAGCUCUUCGGCUGUUGUGGAUGUGGAUCCACUGUGGAAGAAUCAAUUACCGUCGGUUUACCAAAACAAGGCUACGUCCCCGGAGAGAGCGUAUACCUCACUGGACAAGUGGACAACCGUGACGGGGAGGAAUCGUGUGAUUUUAACGUCAAAUUUAUUCAGAAGUCAACGUUUUAUUCGAAAUCCAACAACAAAAACGUGGAGAACAUCAUAAAGAAUGUGAGGUACAGAGUAGCGACUCCGCGGGGCAGAGAGACAGAGUUUAGCCUGGGCCCGAGGCUCAUUCCUCCGGUACCACCCUCGGGUCUACCUGGGUGCAAUAUCAUUGACGUAGAAUAUUACAUUCGGUGUUUGAGCGUCAGGAGAAAGUGGAAGUUUCCCAUAGUUAUUGGCACGGUGCCUCUUCGUGCACGACUGCCUGCAGGAUUCCCCCAAGCACCACCAGCAUACACCCCAAGCUCCUCGGUCAUUGACACGGCCCUAGAUUCUCCCGUAGGGAUGGCAGACUCGGCGUUUGGUGUUGAGGCUCAUCCGCCGAGUUACGUGGAGGCUGUCGGCCAAACAGACAGACUGACCAACGAACGGAACAACGAGGAGUACUUUGGUGAUGAUCAGUUCGUGCCUAGUUAUCCGUACUUCAAUCUUUCGGUUGAAACGCCAACAGAUUCCCACCAAUCUCUUGAAAUUUAAAGAAACACGUUGCCUUGGAUCGGUCGAGUUGGUCUUUGAAAAGCGUUUGCAAUACAACCGUUGAAAA